UAAGAGCAACUCAAAUUGUCUAGACGUUAGCUGAAGGAAUAAUAGUCCUUAUAUUCUUCCUAGAUAUUUCACUUUGUCGUCGAUAUAUAACUAUCCAAAUUUGAUUUGUCUUCUUUAUAGCCAAUGUGGUUUAAAAUUUCCCGGGAAUCUACCAAAAUUCAACCCAUUCCGGCGAGGCUCAUACUCCGAAACGGCGGCGGCCGGAGAGAAUAAGAACAAAAAAACAUGUUCUUGCCCGGCGACAAAGCUCAGAUGACGAGCCUUCUAUCUCCCUACCAGAUGGGACGCUUCUCUCUUUCUCACAGGAUUGUUUUGGCGCCGUUGUCGAGGUUAAGGUCUUACAAUUUCACGGCUCAACCGCAUGCCGCUCUGUAUUACUCUCAGAGGACGACGAAGGGUGGUUUCAUGAUCGGAGAAGCCUCCGGAAUCUCCGAUACAGCUCAAGGUUAUCCAAACACUCCUGGAAUUUGGACAAGAGAGCAUGUGGAAGCUUGGAAGCCAAUCGUGAAGGCUGUUCAUGACAAAGGAGGUAUUUUCUUUUGUCAGCUCUGGCAUGCUGGAAGAGUUUCCUAUCAUGCUUUUCAGCCGAAUGGUCGUCCUCCAAUAUCGUGUACGGACAAGCCACUAACCACUGAGAAGCAAAUAUGUGGAAGCAUUGUACCGGAAUAUCCCGUUCCUCGACGACUGACGGAGGAGGAGAUUUCUCAGGUGGUCAACGACUUCAGGGUUGCAGCCAGAAAUGCUAUUGAAGCCGGUUUCGACGGAGUUGAGAUUCAUGGAGGGAAUGGGUACUUAAUCGAUCAGUUUCUCAAUGACCAAGUCAACGACAGAAGGGAUGAAUAUGGAGGAAGCUUAGAAAAGCGUUGUAGAUUUGCUCUGGAAGUGGUAAAAGCUGUGAGUGAAGAGAUCGGGGGACACAGAGUCGGAAUCCGGCUGUCGCCGUUUGCCGACUACAACGACUGCGGUGACUCCGAUCCCGAAGCUCUAGGAGCGUUCAUGUGCGAGUCAUUGAACAAAUAUGGGAUAUUGUAUUGCCACAUGAUCGAGCCGAGGAUGAUAACUCAGUUUGAAAAGUGUGAGACUGAAAAAAGUUUGUUGCCGAUGAGAAAGGCGUUCAAAGGAACCUUCAUUGUAGCCGGAGGAUACAGUAAGGAGGAGGGAGAGGACGUGAUUGGAAAUGGUGGGGCUGAUCUUGUUGCCUUUGGAAGAUUGUUUUUGGCGAAUCCGGAUUUGCCCAAAAGAUUUGAACUUGGUGCUGCUCUUAACGAGUACGAUCGGAGUACCUUCUACACUCAUGACCCUGUAAUUGGCUACAUUGAUUAUCCAUUUCUAGAACAAACAACUCGCCUUCACACUGGUCAGUAAGAAGAGUGGAUCUCAAAUGAAUUUGACAAACAGUGGACAUUCUGACAGCGAAUUUAUUAGAAAUGUCAUGUGUCGUUUCGAUGAUAAAAUAAUAGUUCCUACUGAUUUUGAGUUGAAAUGUUUCCGAAUGAAAGCAAAUGACAGGCAUUCAUGGGCCAUUGGACAUGAAGAAAUUAUCAUCUUCAAUACAAUUACAGUUUACCUUCUUUUUAA